CAAGUAUAGCCGCGUUCGUGGAAUUGUACACAGGGGCUGUGUUUACCCUGGAGGCAGCUAAGUGAAUCCCUGUCCCCGAGAUCCCCAAGAGAUGCGUCGUCUGUUCUAUUCAGUUUAGGGGGUGACUUUCAGUAUUGUUUCAGUUUUUGUGUAGAUAUAAAGAAGGAGCUGUGAAAAACGUUUAAACUUUCUUCGAUGACAGAUUUUAUGCAGCCGCCAACCGACUGGAUCAGAUCUGGUACAUCUUAGAUCCUGCUUUACAAUUCAUGUAAGGUGUAGAUUUGAUAUUGAACGAUGGUGAAUCCGGGGGAUCCCCAGUCAUGGACGGUGCAGUGUGGGCCAAUACAGCUGACAUGGUGCAGGCGACAGUACGACCUCAAACAACAGGCUCGGGUAUCAAAUAUGCCGGGGACCAAGUUUGUAGACGAGCUGAUUCAGUCACACAACGAGUACCGUCGACGUCAUCAAGUAUCUCCAUUACGUCACUCCCCUGAGCUGAGUGACAUCGCCCAGGCCUGGGCCGAGCAGUUGGCGCGAGACAACGGCUUCCAACACAGCAAGUCGAGACACGAGGGCCAGCCCCUGGGGGAAAACAUUUCCCUGAAGUGGUCGUCUCGUUCGGACUCUUACUCUGGCAAAGAUGUCUCGGACCAGUGGUACAGUGAGAUACAGAUGUAUCAGUUUGGAUGCGAACCCAGGUCCACCAACUGUGGACACUUCACUCAAAUGGUAUGGCGGGACAGUAAAGAGAUCGGAGUGGGCAAGGCGCAAACCCCAGACGGCAAGACCAUCGUUGUUGCCAAUUACAAACCAGCAGGCAACUUCCUCGGGAAAUUCUCUCAAAACGUUCUUCCUGUCCAGCAAGACGCCAUUCCUACACGGCCUUUUGGACUAUCAAACAACAGCUACGGACAUUCCAGUUCGCUGUUCAACUCGAAAAGUGCAUUCAGUAAUGUCCCCGAAAUGAGCAGUCACACGUCUUAUAGCGGCCAAUCUCGCCCCGUGAGAACGUACACCACCACGGAAGGGUCCGGGUCUCAUGCUGUCACUAAGACUGUCGUAGAGGAAACUGUUACAUUCCCUGAUGGCCGCAAAGUGACGACGAAAAAGGAGACGGUAACUAACGGGGGGACGAGCCAAGGCCCCAUGGCUGGAGGUGGAGAAGUGAAAAGCAGAGGAUUUGGCCACUUUGAUAAGGAGUUUAAUGAUCGUUUUCAAAGACUUGGAUUAGCAGACCGAUGCGGAUUAGAGGCGAACAAAUUUAGCAGAGAAGCCAGAUCGGAUAGCCCACGGAAUUCUGGUCAGCGCACUGGUUUAAGUGGAAGUUCAAGUGGCAGUUCGGAAAGUGGGCACUGUUCGCCUCAGACCAUGGCAGAAUUCAGCAAAGAUUGCCUGGCCUCUCACAAUGAUAAACGAGCAAAGCAUAGAGUUGCGCCCCUUGUUCACUCUCAAGAGCUUACUAGGCACGCUCAGAAGUGGGCAGAGCACAUGGCCUCUACCAGUCAGUUCGGACACAGUGACUGUAGGCUGAGUAACGGGGACAGACUAGGAGAGAACAUCGCCUGUAAAUGGUCGUCCCAGGCUGAUGAUUACACAGGUGGCCAGGCUACUGAUCAAUGGUACAGCGAGAUCAAGAACAUGGACUUCCAGAAGGUGGGGCUGAGUUCAGGAACAGGUCAUUUUACCCAAGUUGUCUGGAAGGGAAGUCGUGAAUUCGGCGUGGGGAAGGCGAGAGGGCGUGACGGGAAGGUGUAUGUAGUGGCCAACUACCGACCUGCCGGCAACAUGAUCGGGGAGUACGAGAAAAAUGUCUUCCCUCCAAAGUAGCGAGGCAGAGUGGGGCAACUCUAACAAUAUACCUCACUAUUGUACACAUUCCGUACAUAUGCAAUAAGCUGCCGCGUCCUGUAAUGCAUUUUACUGUUGUUUAACUCACGGUUUUGUUGUAGAACUCACCGCCUAGUGAUUAGUCUCCCUUUGCUCAACCAAUUCGUCCACGUGACAUGCUUUACCUCAUGCCUGUUCUGUUUGAAUACAUGUGUGGCAAUCAGAUGUAUUUCGUGAGCAUGUGACACGUCCUCUAAACAGAAGAUACACAUGUCUUUGUGUCUGAAGAGCUCAUUUGUCUGUGGAGACACCUGUCGAUUUUACACGUCUAAACAAAAAAGUACAUGUUUUUGUGCUGUCGAUUUUACACAUUCCAAAUUAUACGAAUUGUAUAAUGAAAGAAGUGCGUUUAAAUUAUUUUGUUAAGAUUUUACUGCACUUUGAUGAAAGCUAUAUGUAUAUACAUCGUAAAUUGACCAAAAUAUAUUCUCUCUGUUACUGUAACCUCA